AUGGUGAGGUGCGAAUGCAAGGGUGCAUGCGAUGCAAGGCUUAAAACACAUGCAGAGCUAAAUGACAAUGUAAGAACCAUCACACUUCCCAGCACUAGCUGUGAUGAUGACAUUGAGGCAGAAACAGAGUGUUUAGUAGCCGGAUGGGGUGAUGGUAACAGACGGAUAUUUCGAAAGGAUACACUGCAUGAAGUUAAUGUUACCAUCAUUGAGAGAGAGAUCUGCAAUGAUGAAAAUCACUAUAAUAGUCGUCAUUUUGUGACAAAGAAGAUGGUGUGUGCAGGAGACAGUGGGAAGGAUUCAUGUCAGGGUGACUCUGGUGGCCCUUUAAUAUGCAAUGGGAAACAAAGAGGCAUUGUCUCCCAUGGUGGAAAAUCAAAUAAGUGGUUUUUGAAAAAUAUUUGUGGCCACACUAAAUACCCUGGUGUCUAUACUCUUCUCACAAAGGAGCAUCUUGACUGGAUAAGGCAAACCAUCCAGGAUUACACAAACUGA